AUGUACACGAGGAUAAAGGGUACAGUUGACUUGUUCCCUCGCGAGAAGCGAUUGUACAACUAUGUUAACGAGGUGGGUCGUCGUGUGGCCGCAUUGUAUGGCUUCCGCGAGAUGUCCACACCAAUCAUUGAGAACACAGAGUUGUUUCAGCGAUCGGUUGGAGGCGACAGUGACAUUGUAUCCAAAGAGAUGUACGCCUUUGUCGAUCAAGGUGGCGGCAACACAUGUCUGCGACCAGAGAACACAGCGGGUGUGGUGCGUGCCAUUGCACGCGAGAACAACCUUGCCUUCCCCCUGCGCUACUUCUACACAGGACCAAUGUUCCGAUACGAGCGUCCCCAACGUGGCAGACAGCGUCAGUUCGAGCAGCUGGGCGUAGAGUUGCUGGGCGACAGCGACCCUCGAUCCGACGUCGACCUGAUCGACAUGGCUGGCGAGUUUCUGAAACAACUCAACAUUGCCAACGACAAGUACACAAUCAAGAUCAACUCAUUGGGUGACAGCAACUCUCGCAAGCAAUAUCUUGAGCAACUCAGAGCAUACUUCAAUCAACGACGAACAUCACUCUCUGCCGACUCCCAAGCACGACUUGACAAAGGCAACGUUCUGCGCAUCCUUGACUCCAAGAGUGGAGCAGACAGACAAGUCAGUCAAGAUGCGCCCAAGCUAGUCGACCAUCUCAAUCAAGAUAGUAUGAGCAGGUUCCAAUCAGUGUUGAAGGGACUGGAUAGGAUGGAUAUUCGUUAUGAACUAGAUCACAACCUUGUAAGAGGACUUGACUAUUAUAGUCAUACUAUAUUCGAGGUCGUGGUCAAUAGUCCAGACUCUGGAGUCGAGUCUGACAAGUCACCUCCACUGGCAAUCCUUGGUGGUGGACGUUAUGAUGGAUUGGCCAAUGAACUAGGAUACAAAGGCAAGCCAUUACCAUCAAUAGGAUGGGCAUGUGGAAUAGAGAGGAUAUUAUUAUUCAUGGAUGAAGGAUUGGUACCAAAGGAACCAUUGCCAAUCGUUAUAUGUACAUUUGAGAGCAGUGGAUCACCAGAGAUUGAAUGGCGUGCUAGGGAAGUUGCAAAGAAGCUCAGGAAUGAAGGUUAUUACACUGUGGUGUCAGACCUGUCGUUGUCCACUUCCAAACAGAUCAGGGCGGCCAAUCAACGUUACAUGGCACCAAUUGUAAUUGUGAUUGGUGAAGAAGAGGCUGCCAUCAACUCUGUACAAGUGAAGCAUAUGCCGACAGAGACCAGGCAGACUGUGCACCUGGACGACCUAUCACGGCACCUCAGUGGGCUUGGUGGUGUCACAUCGCUGCCUCAGAUCACAAUGUACUAA